AAAGUCAAAAGCAACGAAUUUUUUAUACUUCUGAUAGUAUAGUAACGCUACUCUAUUAUUAUUAUUAUUAUUAUUAUUAUUAUUGUUAUCGUUGUUGUUGUUGUUGUUAUUAGUAUUAAAUUAUAUUUAAUAUUUUUAUGAUGGUACUGGGGCCCAAAUUCCAAGACCAACACCGAUGCAUCACCUCCUGGGCUGCGAUAAAACACCGCCGAAAGGAAGGAAUGGAGGAAGGUCCACCACCAACACGCACAUACAAAAGUUACGAAGCCCCUGCUGCCGCAUCCUCCUCUUGUGUUGAAUUAUAUUGGAUUGGAUUAGAGCGUGGGGGGAUUGGGGAAAGGAAAGGAGAAGUCGGCGACGAGUAGGAAAUCCGGCGCCGACUUCAAUGGCGACGGGCUGGGUUCGAGCCCUGCGCUGCAAAUCCAAUGCCGUCGACGACGUCGCGUCGCCGCCGAUUUCUCUAAAGAAGCCCCUCCUCCUCCCCAUCUCCUGCGCCGACUCCUCGCUUUUACCGAAAUACCCCUCCUCUUUUCCCAAAAUACCCUCCGCUGCGAAACGUCGGCGCCGUGCUAGGGCUAGUAGUAGUAGUAGUAGCAGUAGGAGCAAGGCGAAGCCCUCGGCGUUCCCCGCCUCGCCCAUGGCGGCGGCGGCGGCGGCGGCGGAGGGGGGGGCGUUCCCGACGCUGGCGGAGGUGCCGGAGGGGCACUCGUCGCGGCGGGUGGUGGAGAUCAUCUUCGUGUCGAGCUGGGGCGCGGCGCCGUUCCCGGGCGAGAUCGAGAUGCUCUUCCGCGUCCACAACCCGGCGCGCACCGCGGCGCGGUUCGAGGAGUACCGCGACGCCGUGCGCGCCCGCGCCGCGCGCUCCGGGGAGCCCCGCUGCGCCGCGGACGGGAACGAGGUGAUGCGCUUCCACUGCGGCGGCGGCGGCGGCGUGGCGGCCGAGGGGAUCUGGACCGAGUCGGAUCCCGAGUCGGAGGGCGACUCGGUCUCGCUCGGCAAGGGCGAGCUCGUCGUCUUCGAUCGCCGCGCCGUUCUCCCCUGCUUCCUAAUCAUCUACAAAAUUAACACUUCUAAUUAAAAUUUUUGGCCAUUUUCUAACUCGUUUCUGUGACUAGAUCCUAAUUUUAGUGUUGUGUUGUGUGGUGUGUGGUGUGUGGUGUUUGUGCAGUGGACCCAAAAUAGAAUUUUUUGGGUUGGUAGGCUAAAAUGUGAUGUAAAAGAUGCUCUUUUUUUCUUUAAUUUUAUGGGUAUAGAAACUUUUUUAUGUUAUU